UUUGAAGUAUCAGUCAGCAAUAGACAAUAGCUGUAAAUGCAACUCAGGAUGAUGCCAAUCAGUUUAUUUCUACCUAUAGUUAUAUGUUCUUCAAACUUUGUUUUAAAGGGAAGUUCUGCAAACAAUACUUGUGAGGGAAAACCUUACAAUUGCUGCGAUGGUUACAUGUUCGAUUUUCAAACGAAAAUCUGUAAAAAAUGUGACGACGGAUUCUAUGGACAAAACUGUUCAACGAUAUGCCCAUUUGGAUUGUAUGGCUGGAAUUGUCAAAUGACGUGCAAGUGCAAACAGUCCUGUCAUCAUGUAUAUGGAUGUGAUUUGGUAAGUGGGUUAAAUACCCAAACAAUCAAGACCGAGAAAAGCAUCUAUGCCUCAGAAAAAUCAACGAUAAAAUCCAUUGUGUUUGAUACGGAUAAUCCAAGUCCUACAUCAAGAUCUACCUCUAAUCGGCUCCAUUGGGAAGCAAACUUGCGACCAAGUUUCAAUCCCAAAACAACUAAUCAUAUGAGCCACGGACUUCUUGCAAUCGUAAUAUCGAAUACACUUCUUACUCUACCAGUAACAACCGUGGUAAUUAUACUCAUUUGCAGAAAAUUCAAGAAGAAGAAACUGAUAAUAAAAAAUGAAGAAGAGACAAAUUUGCAAAAUGAUGAUCCCUGUUACAAUGACUUGAAUGAAAUAAACACAUGUGUCAAAACUUCCGAAUAUGAUUCACUUUCCAUUUGCACAGAAGAGGUUGAUGCCACUUCUAGAACAAACCUUGCAUGCAGCAGAGAUGGUCCAGCUCAACGAAAAGCCCGAGAAAACAGUUAUGUUCCGGUCAAAGAGAAAAAGGCUAAAGAAAACGACGAAACAAUACAUAAUAAUGACAUCUACGCAAAAGUCAAACGAAACCAAACUCCGGCGGAUUAUAUAUCCAUGGACAGUAGCAUUACUGUCGAAACCAUGGAUACCAACACUACGAUAAUUGACCUUCAAUCGGUAGAUGAGUCCCUUUACAUUGUCCCCUUAUUGCCCACAGCCGAUGAACCAGGAAUACACAUUAAAUCUGUGAAAAGCUCAAUUACCAACUCCAGUAUUGAAGCAGACGGAGGGAAGAAUGACGAGAGAGAAGGCAACAUUUAUACAGAUCUAAUGUAAAGGAAUAUGGCUCUGAAUUCUAAAAUCAAAGAGGGUUUUUUUAUCGACUGAAAGGUGAAUAAAAAAGGAACAGAUAGAGAGAGGAGAAAGAAAUGCUGAUACAAAAUUAAAAAAAAAAUGUUUGGUUGAUCAUAAAAUGUAUAAGAUUUACAAUGAAGACUAUCUCUCACAUAUUUGCAAUAAGUUAAUUGUUACGAUAAGACUACAAUUCCAUUUCACCCUCUGUGUUGUCAGUGGACACACAACCUCUCCUUUAGCACAUGAUCUUUCAUGAUAGCACAUUAGAACUUGAAGAAACCCGUGCUUUUGGUUGUUAUGGUCAAUGAUCAUUCAUUUUCUUUUGUCAGUGAAAGUUUCAAAUAUGAAUUUAAUUAAAAAAUAAAUUUAAUUUUUGAAGAUUCAUGGGGUUAUGAACUACGACGCUUCAUGCCGGAAUAUUUCAUGAAGCGCGUUAGCCCUUUAUGAUAAAUAUGCCGGCAUGAAGCGUUGCAGUUCAUAUACCUCAUGAAUCUUCAAAAAAUUAAAUUCAUUUCUUAUAUUUACAUUACUUUUUCUAUGUCUUGCUAUAGAUUUACGCCGUUCAACUGUCAUUUAAAAAACAAAACAGCGUGCACUUUAUUUUUUGAAUAUUUAGACGUCAAGAGCGGUAUCAUGACGUAACAAUGGAGAUAUUCAUGCUUAUUUGUGAUACAUACCUAAUGUAGUUCAUGAGAAAAUAUACUGCAUUUUAUUUUGUAAAGAAUCAUAGGGGGAAUUUUUUGGAAUUGUUAAUAUUUAUUUUUGUUUACAUCAUGUUUCCCACACACUCUUCCUUCGGAAUCACAAGAGAAGGAAACAUAUGG